AUAAUACUGAAUUGAAAACUAUAAUUAAUAAACAUAUACUUUCAUAAAUUAAUGAAUUGUAAAGCUACAAAAACUAUUGCGUUUAAAUCAUGAACAAUGAUUUUUUUUGUUUAUCUAAAUGAUAUGAUUUCGAUUACAUGGAUGAGUCAUUUAUCACAAGAGAAAUAAACUCAAAAGCUUCUAACCAUGCUCAUAUAAUAGAAUGGCAGUCAAAGUGAAAAACACUCAAAUAUUUCCUCACUCAAACAACGCAGUGUAUCGUUGAAAUGGGAAAUGGGGAAACUUGCUCAUCGCUUUUCCUAUUGAAAAUGUGCGUCGUGCAGUUGGGAAAUUUUCUUUACUCGACAGAUCAAUGGGCUUGCUUGCUUAGAGUGUGUUGUGGUGGUGGUGGUUGGUUGGUUGGUCCAAUUUGGUUUGGUUUGGUUUGGGUUUUUGGGCUCACGCGUACUUUUCGGCAGCUCACCCACCAGUCUCCCGUGCACCAGCAAACGUAGAACUUCGCGCUCGGCAAUGUGAACUCCAAUUCUUAACCUGCUCUGCCCUUACAGUGUGUGUGUGUGUGUGUGGUCGAUUGCAUGUGUGACGUAGAUGUGUGCAUGCUUUAAGAUGACCGAUUUUUCAAUGGACAAUAUCUUAAGAUCAUUCAGAAAAAUGCGCAUGAAUAAGUCAUUAGGUCAGACCAGUCAACCCCUCGUCCAAUAUAACCACCAUCAACAACUCCCCGUUAAACAAUCUUUAAGGGAUUUAAAAAAAAUUAUUAAAAUUCUUAAAAAACAUGUUAUCAAGCAAAAGAUUUCUCGCAAAAUGAAGAUUCUAGUUUAAGAACAAAUAUUUCUUAUGUGAACCGUAUCUUUUAUAAAAAUCUUGAGACUGCCACAAGAAAAAUGCGACUGAUUUACAAAGAUUAAUACAAAUAAAAAAAGUCUGAUUAUCAUUUGGAUUGCCUAGUAUGAAUAUAUAUUGAUAAGACUCAAAAAGUGCAUUGCUUAAAAAUUGUUGUAAAAAUCUCAGAUAUCAUACGAAAAUGUAUACCUAUAAAUGGAC